CCCUUAUCCUCUUACGAUCCACGAGGGAAAGAGUGCAGGGUUCUCCAGACCCGAUCUCGAAGAGGGAACUAGGCAACCAGCGAAGAACGUACGAAGCCAUCAAACCAGAUAACGAACGAACCACGUCAGAAAGCGCACAAGUACACUUCGCCAAAAGAAGACUAAAGUGAAUCAUAUGCGACAGGGAUCCGUUUGCUUUAUCGUCGGUCAAACAUCGUAAACCGAAAAGUAUCUUAUACUUUGGGACGGAGGGAGUAUUCUCUUUCACUAUUCUUAAUCUACCUACUUUUGAAAUGAGAAGAUUUUUAUGUUACGGAGGGAGUAAAUAAUUGAGUUUGGUAUUGCUUUAUGCAGGGCUUCCAGCAAACCUCCAACUCAAAAGAGAUUAACCAAAAUUCAGAGGGAAAGAAUGCAAUGUCGUGAGGAAUUUCAUAAAUUGUCAGGAUUCGCGUUAAAAGACUACAAUGAUAAACAUGGAACAUGCUUGGCGUUUUCUAGCAUUUUGGGCUACGAAAGUUCUUCUAUCCGGCGUGGUUAUACUGUGGGCUUUCACCGAAGAUUCACGGACUGGUUUCAUAUCAACAUCUAUGCUAGACACCUUGACGCCGGUCCCAGUGACAAACCACUGCUUUUGUUUGCUGAACUAUAUUCAGGCUUUGAUGAAGAAGAAGAAGAAGAAGAGCAUGUUCUUACUACAUUGUCGCUUGUUGAACCUAUGGGGAAUGAGUCUGGUUGUUCAUGCAUUUCAUGGAGGUUUCAUGCAUAAUUGUCUGAUGAAAGGACUUGAGGACAUGGACUGUAUCAGCAGAACUAGGUCUGUUCAAAAGACAACGACCAAAAAGCAGACCCAUGGGUUUGCUUUUUUGGCAAAAUUUGCACUAAAAGAUUACAAUAAAAAGCACAAAACAAAGUUGGAGUAUGUGAUGGCCGUGAAGCACCAUACUUUUGAAUGCAUGGGUCUUUCUAUGGACUUCAGAGAAAAGUAUACAACAUGGGACCAUAUGAACUUUGUGGCUAGGUGCAGUGACAGUGAUGGUAGCCACGAAGACCUGUUCUUGUUUGCUGAACUCUAUUUAGGGGAUGACAAUAAACCUGUGCUUGCCACAUUGUCACCCCUGAAUGAGAAUUUUACUCUUAAUGAGAGUGGAUGUCUCUAUUGCCCAAAUACCAUUUGUCACCCUCAUCGUGAUUAUCUGUAUUGUUGGAAAGGAAGUGGCGGGACGCCAAGGAAUCUUUGGCUCCUCUCUGGAGUUGCAUAGACUUCGAUGCCAUCACCACAGAUGAAGACAUGGUAGGCUGGACGACCAUAUAAAAUGUUUCUGACAAAACCACUGUUUUGAAGUUAUGUUCUUCGGUAUUCCUACUAAUUUCCAGUAGUUUAAAUGAAUUGUAUUUCCCUACUUUUGUGGAAGCAAAACUUUAUUUGGUUAACUUGUAAACAUUCUGAAAUCUAGUUAGCACUUUCAAGUUCUGUAAUCACGAUUGCAGCCAUGACUUAUCUGAGUAUUUCACUAUGUUGUAAAAACCGGACCGGAGAGUGACCCGGCCACAUGACCCGGUGGGUCAACCCGGUCAACGCCGGAAAACCGGUCAAUGAUUAUACGUCUAUAUAAUAAUAUUAAACAUAUAAUUAUAUGUAAAAUUAUAAUAAAAAUUAGUUAUUA